UCCAUUUAAUAACUCCAGAAAUACUAAGAAUCCAUAAUGUAUUCUCCUCUCUAGGACCUGGGCUGCCACAGAUAAGAUCAACCUCCAACUCCUUGCCUUGCUCUGCCUCCCUCCCAGUUAUCAUGGCUAUCUGCAUCAUAUUCGCAUGGCUUCUUUUUGUCACGCUUGCCUCCCUUCUCCUUUCUUUCAGAUACAAAAGAAUGGAACAACGAAAGGCAGUGUACAAGCUCCCUCCUGGCCCGAAGAAGCUUCCCAUAAUUGGGAACCUGCAUCAAGUUGGUAGCCUGCCUCAUCACUCCUUAUGGCAACUCUCUCAAAAAUAUGGCCCUCUCAUGUAUUUAGAACUAGGUAGCAUGCCAACAGUAGUCAUCUCAUCUGCUGAGAUGGCCAGAGAAGUAAUGAAAACUCAUGAUCUUGACUUCUGCUCGAGGCCCCGCCUUGUUUAUGCCUGCAAAUUUUCUUACAACUUCUUGAGUAUAAGCUUCUUACCCUAUGGUGAAUAUUGGAGAGAGAUGAGAAAGAUAUGCAUCCUUGAACUUUUCAGUGCCAGGAGGGUGCAAUCAUUUCAAUUUAUAAGGGAAGAAGAGAUUUCACUAAUGAUCGAUAGUAUCGCUCAUUCUUCAGCGACUCCUAUAAAUCUUAGCAAGUUGAUGGUGACACUGGCAAAUAAUAUAAUUUGCAGAGCUGCGAUGGGUAAGAAGUACCAAGAAGGUGAGGAUAUAUUUCACGGGCUUCUCAUCGAAGCAAAGGCAUUAGCCACUAGUUUUUAUAUUGCAGACUUCUUCCCAUCAAUAGGUUGGAUGGACAAGCUAACGGGACUUGCAGGUAGGCUCGAGAAGAACUUUAGUAUGUUUGAUGCUUUCUAUGAGCAGGUCAUCGGUGAGCACCUUGAUCCCGAGAGGACAAGACCCGAACAUGAAGACAUAAUUGAUGUAUUACUUCGGUUACAAAGGGAUGGACAUCUAACAAAAGAUCACAUAAAAGCAGUGCUAAUGGAUAUCUUCAUUGCUGGAACAGACACAGCUUCUGCAACCUUAGAAUGGGCUAUGGCGGAGCUUGCAAGACACCCAAGGCUGAUGAAGAAAGCUCAAGAAGAAAUAAGAGCCUCUUUAGGAACUAAAGGGAAGGUGGAAGAAGGAGAUCUUCACCAGCUUCAAUACCUCAAGUCUGUGGUGAAAGAAACGUGGAGGCUGCACUCUCCUGUUCCAUUACUGCUUCCUCGAGAGUCCAUAAGACACUCUAGGAUUCAUGGAUAUGAUAUCCUGCCAAACACGAGAGUGUAUGUCAAUGCUUGGGGGAUAGCAAAAGAUCCUAAAUCAUGGGAUGACCCUGAAGAGUUCAUUCCUGAGAGAUUCAUGGAUAGUUCUAUCGACUACAAAGGACAUAAUUUCGAGUUCAUACCAUUCGGUUCUGGUCGAAGAAUCUGCCCUGGAAUGAAUUUGGGGACUUUGACAGUGGAGCUAGCACUUGCAAGCAUGUUGUACCAUUUUGACUGGGAACUGCCUGUUGGGAUGACCAGAGAAGACAUCGACAUGAACGAGGCACCAGGAAUUACGGUGCACAAGAGUUCUGCUCUGCACCUUGUAGCCAUAAACCACCACAUCAAGAAAUAACCAUUAAUCAUAUCAGUUAUAGUCUCAUGUAAGAUUAGGUGCAAGAAGUGUUUGUAGAAACCAAGGGAAGGAAUAUGUGCAUGAUGUUUUUUAUGAUCUGUGAAUAUCAUAGUAAGAGCUAUAAUGCUCCAUCCAAAUAGAAAAGUCUUUACUUGGAAUAUGUAUGCACUGAACUUUCAUCUAUAAAAUUUGAGAGUAUUUAUGUUGUUUGAAGU